CUCACGUUCAACAUGCAUCACUGGCAUUCAACUCACCCAACGAUCAAUGCAGCCUCAUACACACUCAACUCGUUCGUCGAACAAUGUUCCUUUUGUUGACAGGAAGAAAUCAAACAUCAAUAGUUCCCGAUUGUUGUUAAACACACCACCUCCUCUGCAUACAUACAUGGUUGCCUGCUUUACACCGCUAUUGCUAGCGUCAUCAAGUUUUCAGCUGUGUGCAACAGACAGUCUCUUAUCUCAGAACCAAAGCCAUUUUUUUGACAGCUUACGUGUUAAAAAUUGUGCCUUCCCGUGUGAAAUGUGCGUAUGUCAUGCAUCAAACCAGUUUAAUCAUUCGACUGGAGAGGAUGAACGUGUAGAAGACACCGAGACGAGAGCUAGAAGUGCCUUCAAAAGUGGAUAAAAUUGGCAAGUCGAAAGUAGUGGCGUGAAAAGUGAGAUUUGGAAAGCUGUUCUUCCCUCUGAAAUCGCUCACAAUCCUUGGAAAUGGAAUCCACAGUCAAAGACAGAGGCAAAACCAAAGUAUUGACAUUGAAGAACAUUGCAGAACGGUUGGCUUGUCACCGAAAUGAGGCCACAGAAAAACAAUUCAUUGCCUCUUUGCUUGCAAUUCCGAAAAACCACGCAUUGAUGGAUGACAUUCAAACCGACAUUGAUUGUCUAUGCGACAUCACCGAAUUGUUGUGCAACGCGUCCGCAGAGUUUGAUUUACUCGCCCAAUUGUUGGACGCAUGGUUGCGAUUUCUUAAAAAUAUUCCAAGCGCAACGAAGUACACCAUUUUUCUGGUGAUGGACAUCAAUGAAUUUCGAAAAUGUGCCAAACUUUUCUUCGAGCUUCGGUCGGCUUCGAAGCAAGCGCAAAUUGUGAACGUUUUGUGCUCUUAUCUGGAGCACAACAAACAAAAGAUGACUGAUUGGCUGAAACAAUUGUUCCAUUGUAUCAUUCCGGAGGACGCCCUUAAAAAUAUGUCAUUUUAUUUUCGCGAUGAGACUGGCACCUCGGACUACAAUCGCUGGAUGGUUUAUCUCAUCAACAAAUACGCUAUGCGUUCUCAGUUCGACGACGAAGAAACCGAUGAUUCUCCACAUGGCAUCGUUCAGUCGACCUUCUAUGGAGAAUCCAUGAAUGCAGUAUUGCGAAAGUUAGCAUUGGAUGGAUCGAAGAAGUCAGUUAGUGAAUGGCAAUUGAUCCAUUCUUCGGAUAAUGAAGACGAUCAAGAUCAAGGUGACGAUGCACCAGUUGCAGUACCAUCGAUAUUAACGGAGCUAAAUGCUAAAUUGCGUCGAUUUUCGAAAUCCAAAUGCACGGUUUUUCAAGCCGAGCAGAGUCCUAAAGCGAAUGAGUCACCAGUACAUCAAUCACAGGUUUGCCUUGAAGAGAAACCAAAUCGAAAACGGAAAUCAGCACAAAUUGCAGUGGAUCGUGUCAAAAAGCAGCUGAUAGACGCUGCCAUUGAUGUUGUAGAAGUAAAAAAAGAUGUUUAUGACUAUGAUGAAGAUGACAACGAGCCAAUGCUGAAAAAGAAACGCCAGGUUGCACAGCCAAAGAAGAGAAAGAAGCCAGCAUCAUUUCCACGAGUUAAAAUUGAGCAGAUGAAAGAAGAAGAACGACCGGAAAAAUUGUACACGAUUCGAGUGAAGAAACCAGUUGGUGCACAGGCCAAAGCGAUGGCUGGAAGAGUCGAAAAACCUAUGGAACAAGUUGAAAAAUCGACAAAAUUGUCAAAAUUGUCUAUUCCUGCAGUCAAACAGUUGGUACAUUCCCCCGAAUACUUGGUGAAUGAAGCUGAGUGGUCAAUGAAUGAACUUGAGAUCCCAGUGAACGAGCCAAAAAAAUCGAUCAACGAAACGAAAAAUGCGUCAAAAUUUCCUGAUGUUGCAGUUGAACCGAGUAUGGUCAAGCUGUCGAUACACUCACCUGAAAUCUUGGUAAACGAUGCUGAUUGGUCAAUGAACGAACUUGAGAUCCCAGUAAUAAAGUCAAAAAAGACAGUAAAAACAACGAAAAAAGCAGCCCAAACAUCGAAAACGCCGAUGGCAAUACCUAAGGAAAUCUUUGCGAACAUUGAGAAAAUCAAUGCGACAGUCAACAUUGAUACCAACAACCGUUCAGAUCGCCCCAAAACCAAAUGCAAGUCGCGAACUAAGAACACCAUUGCCGUUAAUUCAUUGAAGAAGCCAGAGCCAAAGAAAAAGGUCCAACCACGAGAAUUGUACACCGAACCCGAUCCAGAGUUCGAUGACAUUGUCUUGUUGACGACAACAAACAAAACAGAAAUAGCCACAACAACUGAAACGGCAACAGAAGUGGAUCAGACAGACGCAGCGAAAAAUCAAGUGGAUCGAAGUGCUCGAGAAACCGACACUAGCCUCAACACCUCAUUUGAUGACGACCUGGUCACUAACACAACUGUUUCAAUCAAAAUCGAUGCCACUUCUUCAUGCCGUACACCAUCCAUCGAAAGCAAAGCAAACUGUGACACUUUGCAAAGCGAUUCUAUUGCAAUGCCCGACUCAACCAACGAUUUAAUUGGCAUCACUGAUGUUGAGCCAUUUUCCACCGGAAUGGAUUUUGAGACCAUGGAUGCAAGUGAUGAUUCCUACGAAUUCCCAAGCCACCCAGACGAUUCGAGCCACUCCCUAAGUUGUGAAAUCAUCGAACAACUGAAAAUUGCUUCAAGUGCUAUGUGUCGCAUACUAUCCGUUUUGGAUCAAAGCACACGGAAUCGCCGUUACCAAGGGUCACCACAUCAACAACGGCUCAUGCAAUGAAUUCAUUCCAGAUAACAAAGUGAUCACCGAUUGGACAUGCAUUGAAUCGUCGAGCACCUUUUUUUCUGAACCGUUCGUCGGUUUUCAUUUUUUUUUUCAUCAUUUUUUAGUUUUUCAAUCACAUUUCGAAUAAGUUGACAUUAAAGAUUCGCUUCAAUUGUUUUUAAUCACUAUACGAAAAAUUUCAUUCAAAAAGAAAUGAAAGUACAGAAAAAAUCUAAAGCUUGAACAAA